CCUAGCUGUUAUCGGUAUAUCGGAGUAGUUUGUUUUCUUGCAACUUGCUAGCGAUUUUGUUUUUAAACUAAAAAUGGGCGAAGAGACUAGUAAUUCUACGCAAAACAAAACCAGGACUAAGACCACUCGGCCCAAGGCAGUAUACCAGUGGACUAUGAUUGAUGUCCUAAAGUGGUAUCGUCGCCACUGCGGGGAAUACACCCAAUACGAACAGCUCUUCGCCCAGCACGAUAUAACCGGAAGAGCUCUACUCCGAAUCACAGACUCCUCACUGCAAAGAAUGGGAAUAACGGACAACCGAGAUCGGGAAGCUAUUUGGCGGGAGAUCGUCAAGCAGCGACUUAAGACGGACAUAAUGGAAAUCCGGGAUAUGGAAAGGCUCAACAUACAUUAGUAUCCCUAGGUAUUUGUCAUUUGGAUAGAUUAAUUUUAGGUUUAAAUAUAGUUAAAAUCAAAGAGUCUAUUAUCAUGAAAACUAUCUUAUUCUUAUUCUUAAUAUCCUUAAAAUUCAUAUCUUGUCUUAGACUGUAUUUUUCCGAAGGUAGAAUGACACGAAAUACACUUUAAAAUGAGAGACUA